CUCACUUCUUCCCUGAGCAGCAGCAGCAGCAGCAGCAGCAGCGGCGGCAGCAGCAGCAGCACGCUGAACUGGAUAACGUCUCCUGCAGCCGGCAGCACAGUCUCAUUUCUCCACACACCAGCUCUGAGUGAAUCCUCAGCAGGGGUGUUUGAGAUAUUAGCACGCUGUGGGGGGAAACGGCUCAGGAACCUCUUCCAACCAACCUACAAAGAGCCGGCAGUUUGGAGGAAUAUGGGCAAAUCGGAAAGCCAAAUGGAUAUCAUGGAGAAAUCAAGUAAAGCUGUGAAGCGCCGCUGGACUGUUGCAGAGAUCAGUCUGUCGGUUCUGCUGCUGCUGGUGAGCUGUGCCUUGGCAGGGCUGGUCGUCCUCUACACAUCAGCUGUGAAAGAACAAUCAAACAGGCCGAGUGUUUCCAGGAGUUCAACAGGUGAAGGCCAGAUGUUUUGCUCCAACCUGAACAACGUGUGCACGACUCCAGACUGUGUCACUGCAGCUGCUCGGCUCUUGCAGAACAUCGAUGACUCUGUGAAGCCUUGUGAUAAUUUCUACCAGUACGCCUGUGGGGGUUGGCUGGAACGGCAUGUCAUACCGGAGACGAGUUCCCGCCACAGCGUCUUUGACAUUCUGAGGGACAAGCUGGAGAUUGUCCUCAAAGGUGUUCUUGAGACAGAGAGUGAGCAGGACAGAGACGCCAUCAAGAAAGCUAAAAUCCUUUACAGCUCCUGCAUGAAUGAGAGCCUCAUAGAGCAGCGGGACUCACAGCCCCUCCUGAAGCUCAUCGACAGCAUCGGAGACUGGCCUGUGGCGUCAGAGGACUGGAACACCACAACAGGGGAAGCCUGGAGCCUCGAGGACACGCUGGCAAUGCUCACGGCUCGUUUCCACAAGAAGGUGGUGCUGGACCUGUACGUGUGGACGGACGACCGGGACUCUCAGCGCCACAUCAUUUAUAUCGAUCAGCCAGGACUUGGGAUGCCGUCUAGAGACUACUAUUUCAAUGACGGGAACUACAAAAAGGUUCGAGAGGCCUACCUACAUUUCAUGGUGUCUAUUGCGAAAAUAACCCGGGAGGACAAAAACUUGACUCAGGAUGACGAGAGAGUCUGGGAUGAAAUGAUGCAGGUCCUGAAGCUGGAGACGGACAUCGCUAACGCAACAUCACCAGCAGAGGAACGCCAGGAUGUCACGGUUCUGUACAACAAAAUGACGCUUGCAGAGCUGCAGAGCACGUACAGCUUUAACGGUUUUAACUGGACACGGUUCAUAAAAGGUGUUCUGUCGACUGUUUCCAUUGAUAUCCAGCUGGAUGAAGAGGUUGUGGUGUACAGCUCUCCCUACCUGGAAAAGAUGAACGACGUCCUCUCCAGAUACAGCAUCCAGACUAUGCAGAACUACCUCACAUGGCAGCUCAUCACAGACAGAGUUAACAGCUUGAGCCGCCGCUUCAAAGACGCCAGGGCCCGCUACAGAAAGGCUUUAUACGGGACCACUGUGGAGGAUGCUUCCUGGAGAGAAUGCGUCCGGUAUGUCCAGAGCAGCAUGGAGAACGCGGUCGGCGCGCUCUACGUGCGCGAAACGUUUGCAGGAGAAAGUAAGCGAAUGGUCAGCGACCUCAUCAGUAAGAUCCAGACGGCUUAUGUAGAAACCCUGGAGGAGCUGAGCUGGAUGGACGCACCAUCCAAAGAAAAAGCAAGAGAAAAGGCAAUGGCUAUAAAGGAGCAUAUUGGCUAUCCAGACCAUAUUCUGCAGGAAAGCAACCAGAAGUUAGACGAGGAGUACGCUCAUUUAAACUACAGCGAGGAACACUACUUCGAGAACAUCCUGGAGAACCUUAAAUCUGAAGCACAGAAGAGUCUGAAGAAGCUCAGAGAGCCGGUGGAUCCUGAUCUGUGGAUCAUCGGUGCUGCUGUGGUGAAUGCAUUUUACUCACCAAACAGAAACCAGAUAGUGUUUCCAGCAGGAAUCCUGCAGCCGCCUUUCUUUAGUAAACAUCAGCAUCAAGCUCUUAACUUUGGGGGAAUAGGAAUGGUUAUCGGACAUGAAAUCACUCAUGGAUUUGACGACAACGGGCGUAAUUUUGACAAAGAUGGUAACAUGCUGAACUGGUGGAGCAAUUACUCUGCUGACCACUUUAAGGAGCAGUCACAGUGCAUGGUGCAACAAUACGGCAACUUCAUCUGGAACCUGGCAGGUGGACAAAAUGUUAGUGGAAUCAGUACUUUGGGGGAGAACAUUGCAGACAAUGGAGGGGUUCGUCAAGCCUAUAAGGCUUAUCUAAAGUGGGUGGAAACAGAAGGCGAAGAACCUCGGCUGCCUGGUCUAGACAUGGAUCAUAAACAACUAUUUUUUCUAAACUUCGCUCAAGUGUGGUGCGGUGCCUAUCGGCCUGAGUACGCCAGCCAGUCCAUUAAGACGGACUCACACAGUCCGUUAGAAUACAGAGUGCUCGGAUCUCUCCAGAACUUCGAGGCCUUCUCAGAAGCCUUUCAGUGCCCGAUAGGCAGCCCCAUGAACCCCGAGCAGAAAUGCCGCGUCUGGUAGAAAUCCCCAAACUCUUUACCUUCGGCAACUUAAAUCAAAAGAACAAGUUUUGCUUUUUAAGAAACAAAUGAUUCAGAAUUUAUCUGACGCAGAGCGAUGACUCAAACUUAGAUUCAGACGUGUAGAUGUAAAAAGCCUGUACGAUAUCCUGGACUACACCCUUGUUUCCUACUUGCCUGAGUCUCCUCUCGAGCUGGAAGAGUUGUCUCCUGCUAACGGAGGUCACUUGUUCUUUUUCUCGCGCCCUACUAAAGAAACCAAGUGGGUAGAUGAAUGAAAAGUCUACAUUUAAAAACAUAAACCCUCCUGAGAGGGUUGAAGCCUCAAGAUUUUGAUGAACAAACCAUUAAAAAGUAUCUUUUAUAUACAUCUUUCUGAUUUAUCUGGAAACAUCUCGGCACAAAGUUGAUUUUGUUAGGUCUGAUAUAUUGAUUCUUAGGACAUUUGCAGAAAAGGAGUAUGAAAGGGUAUAAAAUAAAUGAAGGGAGCUUUGCUAAAGUAAAGCUACAGUGAAUUAAACACACUCAGAGGGUUUUGGUCACUGUAACGUGAAAACAAAUCACCUAAAGACUUUAAGACUGUUAAAUCUUUGCAGCUUUAAGUUUUAAAUUAGCAUUAAUACAGAGCUGCAGCUUUCCAUAUUUUUUACACUAACUGUUUCUCCGUUUCUGCAGACGAUUGUUAGCCCAAACUUUAUUGCAAAAAUCAGCAAGAAACCACAGUCUGCUUUUUUUUGGAAGAUGCUUGCAGCCUGCAGCUUUAAAGCUUGUUCAGUACCCAUAAAAGUCGUAGAUUAUAAGUGAGAAGUUCUGCCAGUUUGGACUUUAAAUCAAAGUAAGUCCAGAAGCUUGAGGGUGGACGCCUCCCACUUAUAGUGUUUUAUUCAUUCUCACUUGGCCGAACAAUUAAAACUUCUGUUCAGCUGCUGGGUCAUCUAACUUGUAUAAUAUCUGCUACAUACAGAAUCCCAGCUGAUUUGUUGGGAAGCUUCUCUCCUGAGAGGAAACAGGAUUACAGGAGUUUUAGCCUCGGUGUUCGGCCGCCUACAUGAAAGGAAACGGAAACUCCUGAAGCUGAAGUCUUUCCCCUUCUGAUCUCGCACUGAUCAGCUCUGUAAGAUGAAAGGAGCGGUGAAGUGUGCCUAAAUGAGCGUCCGCCGCCGCCGCCGCAGGCAGGCAGCGUCACUGAGGAAUGUUGCCAUUAAGGAGAGCGGCCAGGACCAGGACUGUUAUUUUCUACCCUUAUUAGCAGGUAAUGACAGGAGAAUCAAACCCGAACCAACAUCAUCUUUCAGAUGCUGGCUGAGCAGAACUUUGACAAUGGACGGCUGGUUAGAAUAUUUGCUCUUGGUGUUAAAUUUAGGUUGCCUUGGUAAACUGAACAUGACUGUUAGGUCUCGACAGAGGCUGCAUUAUUGAAUGUGAACGCCGAUCAUUUAUAGUCCGUCUCUAAGUCUUCACCUCCUGGCAAAUACUGUUGUGACACGAAUGAGCGGGUAGGGAAAUACAGACGACAGACGGAUGUCCUCAUAAAAGCUGAUGUGUGUACAGCUAAAUAUCAGAUGCAUCUCAGUAAAUCAAUCUGUCGUCAUAAAGGUACGUUAUUUUAGUAAUUAGGUUCAUAAAGUGGAACCUUUAUAAAUUUUAAUUGCACAGAGAAUUAUAUAUUUCAAGAGUUUGUGUUAAAUCUGAUGUUUAUUACAACUAAUCCAUUGUCUGUACCCACUUAGCAGAGACAGAGGCACACAUGCACACUCUGUCUCCUAAAGGCAAACUACAGAAACCAUUUAGACAACUUGACAUCUAAAACACCCAGAGAGAACUCAUCCAGGAUAAUUCUAUACCUGAAAAUGUUAAUUAAGAAAAAAAAUCACAAACCUUAAAGAUUGUGCUUAUCCGUGUUACUUUGCAUCUUUUUUUAAUCCUCUAUUUUCUUUCCACUAAACUUUCCACUACGAUGUGAACAGCCUUGGAUGUGAAGGCGAUCUGUGUCUUCCCCAUUAUUUUUUAGGCCGUAACAUGAAAUUAUUAUGUUAAAUAUUUUGUUAUUGGUCUUAUAAAAUAGUGUAAGUUUGUCCAAAGUUUGAAUUUAAUUGCUAAAAUAAACUUUUCAGUGAUAUUCUAAUGUACUGAGAUGCAGCUGCCAAGUUAAUGUUUGACAUUUGGGAAAUAUUAUCCACUUAAAAUAUAAUUAUAUUUCAAAUGAAUAUUGAAAAUGGAUGGAUGCUUACUCUAAACAUUCAUAUAUGAUCUGAUGCUGGUUGGUGCAACUAGAGAGAAAUGUGUUGCCCUCCAAACAAAGUUGUUUUGUUUUUCCCAAAUCUUACCACCAAUGGAUUUACUGAUGAUGCUGUGUGUAAAGGGGAAUAACCCAGAUGUUUUUGUUUACCAUUAGUUUGUUAAAUACAGCAACUUCCACAGUUAUUGUCCACAGUGUGUAAAAAGCUUCCAAUGGAUUUACAUUUUAUUCUGAUUGCAUAACCUUCCACUAAGAAAGAGAAAAAAACACUUUAAUAGAACUAAAUUUAAUUAGCUGGUGAAAAAUUGUAUGUUGUAAAAUAAAAAAAACAACAACAACCUUUGUUUAGUUUUGGUCAUUUCUUUUAAAUCAUGAUCCUGUUGGCAGUGGAAACCCACUUGCAGAGUCCAUGAGACAUAAUUCAGGAUGACCUGUUUUAGAAGAAAAAUAGGCCCACAGCAUCACAGUUCCUCCACCAUACUUUACUUUGGACAUCAGCAUCUUAGUCUCAUAUGAGCAAAGACCCUAUUUUUAAUUAAAGUCUUAUCCUCCUCAUUUGGUGUAAAAUCAAGAUAAACCUGCAUCCUGAAACGCCUACAAACCAGCGGCUAAAGAAAUAAACUUCAUUAUAUUUAAACCCCAGGGAAGCAAAGUCCCCAGAUACAAGUAUAAAAAUUAUAUUUUCUGUGUAUUCUGACUUUUUAGGCUAUUGUUAGUUAUUAAUUUCAAUUAAAGAAGAUAUUUUAUUGCACUCUCCAGGUUGGAGAGCCUUUAUUUUUGUGAUCCAUAAGUAAGGAAACUCCCUUACGUUUGGAGUUUGUAUAGUUUGUAACUGAACACAUUAAUCUAUAGAAAGACUAGCUUUUGUGCUAGGCUAAGCGAAGCUAACUAUCAACUAGCACCAGCUUCAAGCAUCCCUCUGAUUAACUUCUCUUACAAAUAUUCCCCAAACUGUCAAGCAGAAGCUAAGCUCUAAGCAGAAGCUUGUUAUGGGUGGAGGAAACGGAGCUGGAGGCUAAAUUCGAAGUUGUGAUGCAGCUUUGGAUUGCUGGCAGAGGAUCAACGAGUUUGAUUCUUGUAUAUUUUUCCUUAAAAGCAGUACAAAUGUUCUUGACUGAACACAGAGUUUAUAUAAAGAAAAUGUGUUAUUGUUGAUUGUGAAUAAUGCCUGAGCCAAAUCAGGUAAAAUAGUUUUAAGUUUUUGUCUCACAUUAGUGAAAAUGUUGCUUUGAAAUCAAGUACAAAUGCAUUUAUUUUCUAUGUACUGUAUUAAUCUGUUUCAUCUGUACACCAUUCAAAGACGAUUAUUUAUCUAAAGAAAUAUUUAUCAAGUAAAAUUGUUGCUUUGCGAGACUUCAGAUGUAAAAGAUGUUUCUAUGAAUGUUCCUGCUGCUAUGUAAUUAUCUAGACGGCUAUUUUUGUGACUCCAAUCUGUAAUUAUUGCUAUUAAAGUGACUGUCUCCACUGGUGCAAUA